UGCCAUCCCUAAGCGCAACUGUAUUUCACACUUCUGGUCGGAAUUAAAUAAUAUCAAUAAAAUCACGAAAAUGUGCGCCCUACGGCAAGUGUACAAAACCAGCGUAGGCGUGGCACGACGUACCCUAUUCGCGAGUGGCCGAAUUACACAAAUAGAUGCUUUGAAUCAUCCGCACUUUCCGUUGCAAUUGCAAUAUUUUGCAACCAAAACACAAACAGCUGUUUUGAAGAACAACAACAACUACACGUGCACUUGCCGCAGUUUGCACUGCAGCAAACCGGUGGAAGAUGCGGAGAAGACGGUGGCCUCCAGCAGCGUUCCCCUGGCGAAACUAGAGUCCAAGAUGCAGCUGAUCUACACCUGCAAAGUGUGCCAGACGCGGAACAUGAAGACCAUUUCGAAGGUGGCCUACCAGCGCGGCGUCGUCAUCGUGACCUGCGAGGGCUGCUCCAAUCACCACCUGAUCGCCGACAAUCUCAACUGGUUCACCGAUCUGGAGGGCAAGCGCAACAUCGAGGAGAUCCUGGCGGAGAAGGGCGAGAAGGUGGUUCGCCUGAGCGACGGCAACUGCGAGUUUCUGCCCAAAAGCGAUUAAAUUGUAAUUAACUAAAAA